AUCGCCGUGUCUCCAGUUCAACUAAGCAAUUUUCACGUCAGUAUAGGAGUGGUGUGUAUUCAGAGUUUUGGAGUUUAAUAAAAAUUGUGCAAAAAUAAUCAAGAAGAAAACAUUCCGAUUUCAUGUUUGUUAAUUAAAUUCUAUGUGAAAAACUGAACGUAAGCCUAUCGUGUAGACGUGUAGUGUUGUGAAGAAGGAAAUUUUAUCGAAAAGAGAAGAAAAAAUGUCGACGUCCGGAGAUUUUGGAAAUCCGCUUAGGAAAUUUAAGCUAGUUUUUUUGGGUGAACAAAGCGUGGGGAAGACAUCGCUUAUAACAAGGUUUAUGUACGAUAGUUUCGACAACACGUAUCAGGCAACGAUAGGAAUUGACUUUCUAUCGAAAACAAUGUAUUUAGAAGAUCGAACCGUACGACUACAACUUUGGGAUACAGCCGGUCAGGAACGCUUUAGAUCUUUAAUACCUUCGUACAUUCGAGAUUCAACUGUUGCUGUUGUCGUUUAUGAUAUUACAAGCGCUAAUUCCUUUCAUCAGACAUCGAAAUGGAUCGAUGAUGUGCGAACAGAACGAGGUAGCGAUGUGAUAAUAAUGUUAGUUGGCAACAAAACAGAUUUAUCCGAUAAGCGUCAAGUGUCGACGGAGGAAGGUGAACGAAAAGCGAAAGAAUUAAAUGUUAUGUUUAUAGAAACGAGUGCUAAAGCUGGUUACAAUGUUAAACAAUUAUUCCGAAGAGUAGCGGCCGCGUUGCCAGGAAUGGAUUCAACCGAAAAUAAGCCACCGGAAGACAUGCAAGAAGUAGUGCUCAAGGACUCACCAAACGAAACAAAAGAUCCGGAAGGUGGUUGUGCCUGUUGAAAAGCGUGAAUAAUUUUUUUUCUUCUGUUUUUUAGUUGAGAUUUUUUUUGUGUACUUCGAUAAAGGAAAAAAGAUUUUCUACUUAAAAUGCGCAAUAAAUUCACUUGUUUCGCAUUAAAUUUAAGAAGUUGAGGAAAUGACGAAAAUUUUCAGUUUUUAAUAAAAAAAAGAGUCAGCCAAAUUCGUGUCUAAAUUUGCUUCAGUCGCAUUACCCAGCUGGUUCACUCAUACAAACAACAUACUGCUUAAAUACGUCUUUGUAUAUGGGUUUAAUGGUCAUACGCGUGCGUGGUAGUGAUUACACCGUAAAAGGUACGUGUAAUGAUCGUAUGACUGGACUAGUUGAUAGAACCUCUGAAGCAAACCUAGACACUUUGGUUGACUUUAACUGUAGCAAAACUUAACAAAAAACAAAACUAAAAGAAAAAAAGAUCGGCCGUCCGUUUGUUGUGCAGGACAUUUUCGAAACAAAAAUGGAAGUUAUUUUUAGCUUAAUUGCAUUUAAGACUAUAACCCGACUGCUAAUGUCUCUCUUUCGUCUUUCGUAUCCACAAUUUUUUUUCGUCGUUUCACUAGAACUUGUUACUUUCUUCACAAAUGC